AUGAUGUGCGAACUGUACAAGAUAUUACUCAUUGUUCAUUGUACUUGGAGUGCUUGUAAAGCUCAGAGUUAUUUCGAUGGUAGCAUCAACCUGGCUAAAGAUGAAUUAAGCGUGUGGCAGCAAUAUCAGCGAAACCCACGCGUGGUUAGUACCAACGACCAGCUCACAUGUCAAAGGCCCAAUAUCUUUUGUGAGGAACCCCCAGAUUCAAUUCCAUUGGAUUCCGGUAAAGAUUGCAAUUUCCGAAACGUGUGGUAUCAUGAACAAGUAUUCAAAUGGAUUGCUGGUGUUGGCUGCUUGGUCUACACUCCAGAUUUUUUAUAUGUCAAUGGAUCAAACCCCAUCAAUCUAAAUACAGAAUGCAUGUAUGAGGGUCUCUUCGUACCGUGCUUGGAAAUAGUGAAAGAUGAUGGUACAUGCUCUUGUUAUCCAUUCGAUCCUAGCUUUGAGGAGGUGGCAACAAGAAUACGUAAUGCUUUAGUGCCAUCAGCUCAGGGGAGAUGGGAAUCUUGCUUCUACGCGGCAAGUGAUUGCUGCAGUCACUUUAUGAAUGGAUAUACGAACGAUGAGAACCAAUGUUCCCCAACAUUCGACGGCUGGACGUGCUGGAAGGCUCAGCCAAACGGCACCACAGCCAGCUCGGUGUGCCCGGAGUUCGCGUAUUCCAAUACUGGACCUACUUGCCAUCACUACAGCAGUAAAAAAUGCCAUUCGAACGCGUCGUGGGAGCUGCAGACGGACUACAGCACGUGCAGCGUGACGGGCCGCCUGCUGGCGCGCUACCGCUUCCACGUCGCCGCGCUCGCCGCCUCCAGCGCCGCCAGCCUGCCCGCCGUCUUUAUAUUCUUCUUCUACAGAAGGUUGAGGGUCACGAGGGUCGCCUUGCACAGGAAUCUGCUUAUUGCUAUCAUUUUGAGGAACAUCCUGGUUAUGAUUAGUAGGAGUGAGAUCCACAUAGACGAGCUGAGCAACACGCGCGACACGGCCAUGUCGCGGCACAGCGCGGCGUGCCGCGCGCUGGCGCUGGCGGAGCGCGGCGCCGCCAACGCCGUGUUCGUGUGCAUGCUGGUGGAGGGCGUGUACCUGCACCGCCGCAUCGUCGCCGUCUUCCGGCACACCUUCAGUGUCAAAUGGCUGUACGGGAUUGGUGCUGUGCUGGGCAUAGUGCCGGUGGUCGCGUGGGCGGCCACCAUGGCGCUGGUCAGCGACCACUCGUGCUGGGAGGUGUACACGGCGCCGCACGUGCAGUGGGCGCUGGACGCGCCGCGCCUGCUGGUGCUGGUGGUCAACGGCGCGCUGCUGGCGGACGUGCUGCGCGUGCUGCUCACCAAAGUACGCAACUCGGAGAAUGCUAACCAGCUGAGCACAGCUAAAGCCACUCUGUUCCUGAUGCCGCUGUUCGGCACGCAGUUCAUGUUCACGGCGAUCCGGCCGCGCACCAGCGACUGCGGCUGGGAGCAGGCCUACUACUUCAUAGCCUACAUGAUGGAGGCGCUGCAGGGCGUCUUGGUGGCUUUGCUUUAUUGUUAUAUUAACAAGGAGGUCCACAUGCUUAUCAAAGCUACGUACAGAAAAACCGGGGACGCCUUCACAUCUCGCAUGAGAGGCUCUACCUGCCCUCGUGCGAGUGUAGACCCUAACACAGACAGACGACUUACGUACAGCACUAACUUACAUACCAAUGUCGAUAAACAUUAUACCACCAUAACACCAAAGUUGCAUGUAGCUGAGAUCAUUUCUAUACAAGCUAGCGAAAGAUUAGCUGAAAUACUAGAUCCAGUCUACGAAACAAUCGAUCAAGGUGUAGUAAACGAAGGUUAUGAUCGUUUAGAACGGCCCGAUGUACCGAAUCGGGAUAAAGUCGAUGAGUAUUACGGUUUUACAAAUGCGUCCAGUGUAUCAAUAGGUUGUCCGGAUUGGAUACAAAGCACACCAGAUAGUGUCUACAAUAGUUCUGUUAAUGAUACAGCUGAUAAUAAUGAUAAAAUAAGAAAUGAUAAUGAUAAAUUAGAUAAUGAUUACGAAAACGUCAUAGAGGAAGAUAUAAAUGUUGCUCAGGAUAAUAAAUACACAGAUGAAACAAUGCUCGAUGAAAUAUUGCAAUACAUAGACAAUAAUAAAGAAGUGCAACUCAAUCCCGAUCUCCUCUCACCCAACAGACCUGACGGAGAUAAAAUUGUAUUUGUAGAUAAA